UUUCUUUCCUUUUGUGCUCGUUAUCGUUCUUUCGUGCUUCAAUUUCUUCUCCAGAUUUUUCUCUCAGCAAUUCUUUCAUUUUCUGAUUCAUCGUUGGUUACAUUUCUUUGAAUUCGAAGUAGCGCUUGCGCAUCUUUCUGCUUCUGCUAUUCUUAGCACACCUUCGUUAGCCGUAUUUUUUUUUGCAGAUCAAUACCCGCAUAUAAUCUUUUAUAUCAGUUCAACCAUACCUUCAUCAUGAGGUCAUUUCAAAUAAUAUCCGGGACAUUUUUCUUCUCAGUCCUUGCAGCGGCUGGCCCGCUACGGCGUGAUACAGCUGGAAAUUUGUAAGUCCUGUAUCUUUCGAGUCAUAGAAGCUUAGCCAACAAUCAUAUAGUCUGGCAAGAAGCGUUCCCUUCAGCAAUUUCACUACUUCAGCAAUAUCAAGCAGUAAUAGUGGAGAAGCAAGCGCUCUGGACGGUGGUGGGAUUACUACAAUAAUUCCUGUUAAUACUCCCAAACCUACGACGAUGACCUCGAUAGAACUGUCAUCUACAACGUCAGCUUCACAAAAACAACCGUCUCCAGCGUCUUCAACGAUAUCGCCACUUCCAAGUCCGAAUUCGUCGAGUGUAUCGAGUACAUCCGCCCAAUCGACUGUAUCAAGUAGUUCUUUGUCAUCUCAAAGUCCUUCUUCGAGUUUUGCAUCGACUACCAAGAUAUCAUUGGGCUCAUCGUCAGCUUCUUUCACGGGCUCAUCGAUACUUUCCACGUCGAGCAAAGAAAGCACAUUGGUCGGAUCAUCGACCAAACUAACAAACUCGUCGUUGCCUACAGGGAGUGGUCUCUCUUCAAGUGCCAAUGGAGUCACAUCCACGGCAAGAGGGAAUUUCACACAAGGGACAUCUCAAAUUAGUCUAGCCACGACAGUGACAGUUCCAACCUCGCUUCCAACUACGACCUCGGAGCAAGCAUCGAUUACGAAAACUCCCUUGAGCUCCAAAUUGGAAAGCACUUCCCGAGAUUCGUCUCCUUCCAGCACAGCCGAUGGCUCUGUCAGCGAGCAGCCCAGCUCAAACUUCUCGAUUCCAACCACAAAGGUCUCGCCAAGCAGCUCUACUGUACUUACCAAGGCACCAGAAAACCCCUCGCCAAUCCCAGAAUUUACGAACCCAAAUACACUGGUCUCCGUUUCAAAAGAGACACUGAAAUCCGAUACUAGAACUCGUGUUUCUACAUCUGUGAUUUCGUCGGUCUCGGCCACGACCCAAGAGACGAGUCAAGCACCAAGUACCAUAAUUCUAUCCUCAAAAGCACCCAGCGCAUCAGGAAAGCCUUUGGAGUCAUCAUCCAGUUCAGCUCAAGUCGCCACAGAAAACCCAGCGCCGCAAGUUAGCACUACAAUAAUUCCAAGCUCGAGUUCCAUAUCGAGAUUUACACUCACUAAUACGGAUGUUCUUCUACUACCAACAACGACACCAACAUCUUCGGCGAUUCAGCCAUCAACAGUGCCCCAGAUGUCGUCAAUCCUUACGUUUUCUUUCAUUGUUCCUAGUAACAUACCGAAAGCAAGUGCGUCAUCAGGGGUACAACCAGCUCCAACCCAGGUCCCAACAUCAUCGGCCCAGCCCUCUCAGAUGACGACCUCACCACCUGUAGCCCUCCCCACGAUCCUUCCCUUACCGGCCCCUACCUCGCUCACCCCGGACGACGUAAAAGAAAACCUCGCCGCUGCACAAGGCUUCAACCAAAUUUUUGCGUCACUUACAGCCUCAUCACCAUGUACCCCUGGGGCAAUCGCCUGCGUAAACUCCAACGUUGGAAACUGUGAUGCUUCCAGAAAAUUUGUUUUGAGUCCUUGUGACACGGGAUCUUCCUGUUACGCUCUUCCCAUGACUGAUACACAGGGUGUUUACGUUGGAUGUGCAAACAAUGAAUCUGCGAAAAAGAUACUAGGCGACGCUGCGGGUCCAACUUCGACUGGAGGAAGCAUUCUUCCUAUCCCAUCUGUUACGUCGAUAGCGAGCACUUCUAAAAGUCAGGGAGGCGAAAUCCCCUCCAGCCCAUCGAGUGUCCAGCCCUCUUCUUCUGGAGCUUUUCAAACCACAUUCGUAAUCUCUCUUCCACAGCCGACAAGUGUUCCAACUCUCGCUGUCCCAUCGCCAAGCGCCCCGUCGCAGCAACCUGCGCCAACAUCAAUCAAUAAUCCCCAGCCAUCUCAAGUCGUCACUGUCACUGUCCCUGCUCUAGCCUCGUUCACAUCCAUUGCUCCCCCUCCUGCGCAACCAACCACUAUCCUAGCGCCUAAUAAGGAGACCGUCACGAUUCGGGAGACGAUUACGGUGACGCAGGCGAAAGAAACGGUUAAGGAGACCGUUACUGCCACUAUCACCGUUACUGCGAAGGGAGGGAGUCCUGCAGGUCCGGAGCCGAUUAGAAUUACUAUUGUUCCGGGGCUGAGGGGGAUAUAAAUGGUAGUUUCAGGACGUAAAUGUGUGUUUGGUUUGUUGUAAAAGCGAGGCGUUUUUGGUCGUUCUUUGGAUUGGUUCCUGAUUUCUUUCUUUUUUUUUUGUCUUUUUUUUAUAUUGGGAAAUACCAAGUGCGUGGGGGAUAGAUUGAUUAUUGGGUGAAAGAACGUCACUUCGCGAGUGGUGUAGAGUGGACAUAUUGAGAUGUAGUAUAACAGGAUGCAGAGUCUAUUACAGUAUUCAUAAAAGGUAUACAUCUUCUUCUAUAUCAA